CGUGGACCUCUUACGUUUCCUGGCUGGUAUCCACGUGAUCAUAAGCCUGGACCAUAUGCCAUGACUGAAGAAGAGCGGCGCGCUGCAGCAAUAAAGUAUGGUCUUCGACUAGAAGAUUAUAAACCAAUGAAUCCAGACGACGUUGUACGCUAUGCCGGUGAUUAUCCCGACUUGGGUGUUGUUACCUACGACCACAAGGACCCCUAUGAAGCAUGGACCGAUAGACUAAAUAGAAGAAAUUGGGGUGAAAUGGUAGCUGCUCGUAUUCAUUCAAAUGGAGUUGUUUUAUUUUACGUUCUCGCUUACGUUUUAUGUCAUGUUGAGGUACCCAUGGAUUUUAUACGUCAUCGAGGUGACCGUCUAACGUUCACGGGAUUGGAAGCCGAAGACUUCACUACAUGGAAAGCAAUCAUAUUUACUCUAAGAGUUCUUGUGCCUAUGGUUUUUCUCUCGUAUUUGUUCUGCAAUGAAGAUCCUAAUGCCUUUCGUUGGAAAAAUCCAGCUAUGCCGAAGCAGUAUCCUUAUGAUUUCUAUCGAGCUUUCCCUUUCGAUGAAGCUAGGAGGUUUCCCGUCACUAACUACUCAUUCGACUUGUGCGAGUAG